AAUUAUCGAGACGUCUUAAUUACCAUCCACAGUUGAUGAUAUUAUGUAUAAAAGUCACGCCGCGACAGUCUCCACCAAGAGAGAUACAAGUUUCUUGUCCAUCGGAGUGUGACGGCGGUGAACCUCUUCGUCCUAUUGCGUGAUCCAGAAAAGAUAAACGCAGCAAUUAUCUUAAUCGAACGUGAUUUAUUCGGGGGCAUUUCGACCGUAUAAGGGCGGAAUCCGAUAAUUGUUUCUUCGCUUGCGAAUUCUACUACCUUCGACAUCCUUAUCCGGCGUCGCCUCCGUCCAAUUUCGGUAUGCAAAUGGGCUCACAUCCUCGAUGAAACCGAGCCGUAUUGAAGAUAAUGAUACACGGACGUUUUUUUACGUCACAAUUAUUUGACAUUCUUUCAUCAACCAAACUGCAUAAUUCUAUCGAUAGAAAUGUUCGCUUUAGUUUGUUUGUUAUUUCUAUUUAACUCUGUUUAUGGACUUUACGAAAAGGCGGAUGUGGUCCACUUGAAUGUGGAUAAUUUUGAUAGAUUGGUGACGGGUGGUGCGGAUACGUGGGUGGUUCAAUUUUACUCGCCUUACUGUCCUUAUUGUCAAGAAUUUGCGCCGAGUUUCGAAAAGGCCGCUACUAUCCUGAAAGGAUCUCAUGUUAAAGUCGGAGUGGUCGACGCCGACGAGGACAAGACUCUUUUGCGACGUUACGAGAUAAAAGGUAUACCCAACGUGAAGAUAUACCAUCCGAAGAAUCCUGUACCCGAGACUUACACCGGCCCAAGAACAACGGAUGCUUUGGUACAAAAAGUAACAGCACUCAAAAAGGGUAGAAAAGCCAACAAAGGUGAGAUAGAAGACAGUAAUGAUGUCGAUAAUAUUGACGAUGAUGAAGAACUUAAACCAACAGAACCAAUAACAAAAAUUAAGCUUUGAAAAUAUUUUUAUAAUUAACUAUUUUUUAUUUUUACAAUUUGUGUGUAGAGUAUUUUUAAUAAACUAUAUAUACAACUGAUUGAGGUGUCGUUCAGAAUGAAAAUAGCAAUCGGUCUGUGUGCUUGCGUAAUUCAUUCCGCGAAAGAGAGAUCGAAACGGAAUGGAGUCGGGAGGAGAUCAUGAAUGAAUUCCGAAGUGUAAUUUGGGCGUAACGGAUUGCUCGACGCCCGUACGGUCUUAAUUUAAAUCUGCCGACCAGACGGAGACGGUGAUUUCAAGGAGCUAAUUGCUAUGCUAAGUGCGCGACAGUCAGGUAUGUCUGGCGCCAAACAGUCGCUUGUGAACAAUAAGCGGCAACAAAACGUGACAGAAAAUACCAUCCCGGUUCUGGUUCUAUCUCUAUUU